GCCGCCUCUUUCCUGUUUUGUUUAAGCCAACGCUUCCUGUCUCGCGUUUCCCUACCACGCACCUUUACACUUUUCCUCCUCUCAUCCACAAUCUUGUGCUUUUGAUACUCCAUCAACUGAGGCACUUCUGCUUGUUGUAUUUUUCGCGGCUGAAGCUCUGUCUCGACGCAGGUCACAUCUCAUCAGCCACCACGCCUCUCUUCGCGGUCUGACUCCAAGCCCAUCAGCCAAGGUAUCUCAAUUAACAAGUUGAUUAUAUCUCUAGGGUCUCGACCGUGGCUCUAGCACUACACCAAUCUUCGUCACAGGUUUUUCAGAAACCGAAUCUGUCAGACCUGGCUGUACAGCACUUGAACCUCGAACGAAAGGAGACUUCAACGCCAUGGUCGAAAUCGACGAGCCUGUUCUCCCCCGACGCCUUGACCAUCAAGCCUUGUACAACAAUGGCGUGAGUCGCAUCGAAUACAAGUCCGGACGCUGGGUGCAUAUCGCUAGCCCGGGGGGUCCACGCACUGGCCGCGCGCCGGACCGCACCGCCCUGGUGGUCGCAAUCAGCGGCGACUGUCUGAGAAACCAUGGGACCGGACGCGCAUCGGUGGGUGUGUUCUGGGGAUACGGCAAUCAAAACAACGUCUCGACUGCCUUAGACGCGUACCCGGGCCCACGCACCAGGAUUAUGUCCGAGCUCAGCGCCUGUUGUCGGGCUUUGCGGGAUGGUCUACGCAUCUGCCAGGAACGUCCCAGCUGCACGCCGGUACAACGCCUGGUGGUAAAAUCGGACUCGGAGCGUGUGGUGAGUGGGAUUACGGAGUAUAUGCCGCACUGGAUCACAAAUGGGUGGCGGACCAACAAUGGAGGAGAGGUGCCUUAUGCCCGGUUCUACCUUGAGAUCGGAGAGUUGAUCGCGCAGCUUGAAAACGAGGGGACGGCGGUGGAUUUCUGGUUUGUGUCACGGCGUCUGAAUCCUGAUGCUCGACGGAUGGCGAGGAAUGGCCUUCGUCGCGAUCCUUGACCGGAAUUGAGUUUCGUGCUGUCCGGGUGUAUGGUCUGGGAUGGUUGCUGUUUAAAGGAGGGACUUGAAGUCAUGAUAGGUGACACUAUGGAAAUCUGAGAUGACUGGGUUAUGCUUUCGCUGAUCUGCUACUGAGAGACAGACCUGAGGUGUUGAUUGAUGGCGUGAGUGCAGGGUUCUGACGCUGUGGUCUUAUCGAGCUUCAAGGUUUGUCUUAUCGCUUUAUGCGGGGGAAGACCCACUGGCGAUCUGGGGAAAUGAGCUUAAGCAAUUCAAAGACGUUCAAGACUCUGAGAUUCAAACUAGUCUACGUAUCGAUGUCAUGGACUAAAGCAGUUUUUU